GGAGGCGGAGGGGGGUUUGGGUCCGCGCACCGGGGCCGGCAACAGUGGCUCGUUCGUGAAAAUCCAGAAUGAGUUAUGCAGAAAAACCUGAUGAAAUCACAAAAGAUGAAUGGAUGGAAAAACUCAAUAACUUGCACAUCCAAAGAGCUGAUAUGAAUCGCCUGAUCAUGAACUAUCUUGUUACAGAGGGUUUUAAAGAGGCAGCAGAGAAGUUUCGGAUGGAGUCUGGAAUUGAGCCCAGUGUUGAUCUAGAGACUCUGGAUGAAAGAAUAAAAAUUCGAGAAAUGAUACUGAAAGGACAGAUUCAAGAAGCAAUUGCAUUGAUUAAUAGUCUCCAUCCAGAAUUGUUAGAUACAAACCGAUACCUUUACUUUCAUUUGCAGCAGCAGCAUUUGAUUGAACUGAUUCGGCAGCGUGAGACAGAGGCAGCCCUGGAAUUUGCUCAGACUCAAUUGGCAGAACAAGGAGAGGAGAGCAGAGAAUGCUUGACAGAAAUGGAGCGCACGCUGGCAUUGCUUGCCUUUGAUAAUCCUGAAGAAUCGCCCUUUGGAGACUUGCUCAACAUGAUGCAGAGACAGAAGGUAUGGAGCGAAGUUAAUCAAGCUGUUCUAGACUAUGAAAAUCGCGAGUCAACACCCAAGUUGGCUAAAUUACUGAAACUACUUCUGUGGGCUCAGAAUGAACUGGACCAGAAGAAAGUAAAAUAUCCCAAAAUGACAGACCUCAGCAAGGGGACAAUUGAGGAACCCAAGUAAAUUGUGUGCAGAUGGACACCAAGAAAUCUUAGUACUGCACAGUAUACAUUUAUAUCAGUCUGUGACUGAAAUAUUUUUACUACAGUACAGAACUCAACAAUUCAGAUUUUUUUCAACGAACAUCUUAUUUAAAGGGAGAAAAGUCCCUUUUAAAUGCUGAGAAAACUGCAUUGAAAGGCGCUGUAUCUCUUUGAAAGUCUGAUUUAGGCUAUGCACUAUCAUACAUUUUUAAAAAAUCCAAUUAGACAGGAAAGAAAAAAAUGGCAUUUUAAAGUACAGUGCUCAAGGUUUCUAAUUGGCUACUGAUGCUUAGUUUAGUGGCCAGUGAGUUAAAUGGGGUUAACUGAAUAGUUAAGUUUAACUCUCUCUCAUUUGAAAUGUAUAUAGAUCAGUGAAUAUUUUCUACCUUAUGUUAAGUUAUAGCAAGAUAUGCAUUUCCCUUUAAAACUAACAACUGGUCAAGUUUUCAUCUAAAACUUUCUUACUGUACGGCCAACCUUUUGCAUAGGAAAUAGUGUAUAAACUUGUAAAUCAUAAUUUAAGGACUUUUUUUCCUUGUUUCUGACUCUGGUGCUUUAUUUAUAUGGUGAGAGCUAUGUUCACAGUGGAUCAAUGACCCAUCUUUUCACAAGUAGUAUUGCUGGAAAUAAAAGUUU